GGGGCAGGCGGCCGGCCGCCGGACCCCGAGCCAGACGCGGAGCCGGAGCCCCAGCCUGGGCCCCAGCCCCAGAUCCGCGCCGCGCCCGGCGCGCCUAGGAGCGGGCGCCUUCCGAUCCGGGAGCCCGGAGUCCCCGCGUCCCCGCAGCCCCGCAGCCCCCAGAACCCGGACAACUGUUGCGGCGGCGGCGGCGGCGGCGGCGGGGGCAUCGCGGGGGCGUGGGCACCCCCCACACCCCAGCAGGCGGCUCCCGCGGGCGCCGGCACCCGGCUACGGAGCGAGGAGCCAGCGGGCGGCGGGCACGAGGCAGCUCUGGACGGAUCAAUGCCAGCCAAACGAUGACCAGUUGUGGCCAGCAGUCCCGGAACGCGCUCGCCGUCCUCUUCCCGUUGCUGUUUUCUGCAGCCCUGUCUGCACACUUCCGGGUCUGCGAACCGUACACAGACCACAAAGGCCGCUACCACUUCGGCUUCCACUGCCCCCGGCUCUCCGACAACAAAACCUUCAUCCUCUGUUGCCACCAUAACAACACGGUCUUCAAAUACUGCUGCAACGAGACGGAGUUCCAGGCGGUGACGCAGGCGAACCUCACGGCCGGCUCCGAGGGUUACAUGCACAACAAUUACACCGCCUUGUUGGGAGUGUGGAUCUACGGCUUUUUCGUGUUGAUGCUGCUGCUUCUGGACCUUUUGUAUUACUCGGCGAUGAACUACGACAUCUGCAAGGUCUACCUGGCACGGUGGGGCAUCCAAGGGCGGUGGAUGAAACAGGACCCCCGGCGGUGGGGGAACCCUGCUCGGGCCCCCCGGCCGCAGCCUGCCCCAGGCCCGCUGCCGCAAGCCCCCCAGGCCGUGCACACGCUGCGGGGAGACACCCAGAGCCCGCCACUGAUGACCUUCCAGAGCUCGUCUGCCUGAAAACCCUUUUGCUGUGCCUCAGGAUGGAGGAGAUGAGAGCUGAAGCACCUGGUGCAGCCUCCGAGAACACCACCUUCUACAGAGAUGCCAGGGAGAGCCACGGUGGUGGCGGUGGCAGAGGAGGAAAUGCAGCCUGUGCCCAAAGCUCCCUUCCGUGGACUUCUCAGAUUAGGAGCAAACUCAGGGGUAGGGGCUGGGGGUACAGGGGAAGGGAUUCUGAGCCACUUGCCUGUAAGCAAUAGUCUUAUUUUGGGCUGGUGGCUUCUGAGAGGUGACUCAUUGUGGACUGUGGUUCCAGCCAGGAGGUUUGAGGCCUGUGAGUUACACCUGUGGUUGAAAACCGAAGCUUCCCUUGCCCCCGCUCCCUCCACUAGCGGCCCCUUGGGCCCAUUUAUGUCAGAAUAUUGAAUGUGCGUGUGUGCGUGCGCGUGUGUGAUGUGGGGUGUUCCUCUUGCUUGCUUGGUUGGUUUUUAUUGGGGCUUCUCCACUCAAGUUCUCUGAUGGGCACGGGCCACCCUCUAGCUGGGGGUUCUCAUCGGUGUGGUGUCAAUGUCUGGGCCACCAGUUUCUUGCUAAGCACAGAGAACAGCCCCUCUGUGUCUCGGGGGGCACUGGGGAUUUGAAGAUGCCAGUCGGGGUUGGUUCUUAAAGGAUUCGUUCCUGUAAUGAUAGUAAUACUAAGGGACGCCUCUCAGGCUGAUGGUGGCAGGUACCAAGUUAAGUGUUUUCAUGCACACUCCCUGUCACCACCUGGGAGGCAGGUAUGACUAACCCCCUGCAGAAACAGUGGGGAUGGGGUGCCCAGGCCCACAUGGCCAGGAGGAGAUCAACCCCUCCUUUGACCUCAGGGGUGCAGGACCCAAAGUCCAGUCUCCAACACCCUGGAUAUGACGUGCUCCCCAGCCAGGGUACGCCCUGCACGAGGCCGGCAGCAUCUCCUUGAUGCCUCUGCAGGCCAUCACCCUGAGUUCUCCACCAUCACCGCCUGGCGCGCUGAUCCACUCAGCACACAUUGUGGCUAAGUGCCUGCUGUGUGCCAGGCCCCAUGCUGGGCAGUGAUGGGGAUGAGAGAUGAGCCAGACCUCGUCUCUGCCCCUGGGGAGCUCUCCAUCUGGUGGGAGAGACAGACAUAUGGAUGUCUGCUGGAAAGGGUAACAAGAGAGGAGGCUUCUAGAAAUCCAUCCACUUUAAAGUGGGACUUCCACAUAAACUUAGAUGCCCAUAACAUCCACCCACGGAGCUAAUCGCCUCCACGCCUGCCCCCCUUCCCUGGGGCACAGAUGAGAUGGCAUCACUUAAACGAUGAUGAUCACAAACAUCUCUAAAGGCUACACUGCCAGUGUAGACGCUACACUGCCAGUGUAGACGCUACACUGCCAGUGUAGACGCUACACUGCCAGUGUAGACGCUACACUGCCAGUGUAGACGCUACACUGCCAGUGUAGACGCAUUCAUUCCAUGGCUGCUAGUGAUACCAAAUCUCCCCAGCUCUUAGCUUGGGAGGCCCUGCUUAAUAGACGUCUGUAUCCUCUGACUCAGUUUCCUCACUUCAUCAGACCCACUGUUCUCAUGCUGACCGCCCAUCCAUUCACCAGACAUGACAGUGAGCGGGGCAGGUCCCUGCUGACUUUCUAGCUGGGGUGGGAAGACGGUGAAGAAGGAAGGCGCAGGACGGUGAGUGCUCCGCUGAGAGCUCAGUCUGGGGACACGCGGGUGAGGCCUUGUGCACCUGGAGGGGUCUGGGAGGUCCUUCCUGAGCAAGUGAUUGAAGCCCAGAUUUGAAUGACAGAGGAGCGAGCCAUGGGUAUUAAAGAUAGGAAAAGAGCUUUCCAGGCAGAGGGAACAGCUCCUGCAAAGGCCCUGUGGCAGCCAUAAGUUUGGUGGUUUCAAGGAAGCUUAAGCAAGCCAGGUGGCUGGGACCCAGAGGGAAGGCAGACGGAGUGCCCAGCUCUGGACUCCACUGAAUCACGCUGCACAAACACAGUGCCCUGCCUUUGGGAAAGCAGAAACAACUUGCUAGGGCAUAAAGCAUCCUCCGCGCUGCCUGGCUCUCCAUCCUCUGGACAGCCCCAGAAAGGGGCUCUCUCCCCCUUUUAUGGAUGAGAAGACAGACUCAGCCAGGUCAAGUGGCUUGCCCAGGGUCCCAAAGGUCACCUGUGGAAGACCCAGGCCCCUGGCUCCAGUCUUUGGGACCAGCCGUCUCUUCCAGGCAUAUGGCUUGGCCGAGGCAAAGUAGGAGAACCUCAGCGUGGGGUCUCAAUUAGAGACAGGAAUGGCUUGCUGUCCCUGCUGUGAGCCAUCUCAGGGCCAUGUUGCCAUGGAGGGGUGCACAGCCUGCCCACAAGCCCAGCGGGGGCAGCCACAGCUGCAUCCCCUGGGCGGUGCCUCGGGAGGUAGAGGAAGCCUUGGCAGCAGUGGGGGAGGGGGGAGCAAGACCCAGAUUCUGACAUCAGCUCGGCCACUGAGAGCAGAGUGACCUCAGGCCAGGCCUGUGCCCUCAGCUUCCUCACUGGUAAGAGGAAGGAGUCAGAUGGUUAUGUAAGGGGUCGCCACCCUGGUGUCCUGCUAUUCUGGAUGAUGCUCUUUAGGGGCUUCCUGUGCCAAAAGAACUGGUGGCCUUGCCUCCCUCUCCUGGACAGCUGGGGUCAGAGGUCACUGCCAGAUAGACAGCCAGAGCUGGGGUUCACCGGAGCAGCAUCCCUUAAUGUUUACAACCUUCUAGAAGGACAUGCCUGCUGGCCCCAACAGAGGUCCUUCGGGGAGAAAUGAAAAGCCCGGUGGGAUCUGUUGUCCCACCGCUCUGCCGAGUACCUCUGGGGCAGCCAGGCUGAGGCGUGGAGCGUUCGGGGCCAGCAGGAGGCCUCCACAGAGAUCACCAAGACCCCACACACCUGGUACAGGUAGCCUUCAACAAAGGCAGGUGCAGAGAACCACAGCCCCCUCCUCCAUGCAGGCGACCCCACCAGCCGCUUCCCUUCUCGGAGCCUCUGCCUCUCAGCUAUGAAGUGUGGGAGGUGGGGUUCCAGGAGCACAGCACCUGCUGUCUCACGGGGGAGCCGAGGGGAGACAACAGUGUCACAUGGGUGUGAACGCUCGGUGUGGAAAGCAGGUGGGGGUGUGUAUUCAGAACCCCUUAGGUCCCCAGGUCAUUGUCAUACACCUUGUCCCCAUCCUGCCGUGGCUGGCAAGUCCUUCAAUGAGUAGCGUCCCUCAGAACAAAAGGGUUUCAGGGUCCUGAUGAGUUCAAGUUUAGAUUUCUAGAGUUAGCGUUUUUUAGUGACUCCUACACCCAAUUUUCUAAGCUGCCUACGUUUACUUUUUACUGUGAGCUUCUGUCCAUCACCACGUAAUUUGUAAUAACAUGAAAAGACAAACACGAGAGAAGAGGACACGGUGUCCACAGAGGAACCUGCGUGCCAGGCUGCUGUGUGGAACGCCCGCGUUUAUAAGGACCGUUUCCCGCUGGGAACUGUGUGUUGAUUCACGAGCAGUUUUAUGCUUCCCCUCUCGUCUGUGUACAGUGUGACUGUUGUGUGUUUCAGAAUCUCUGUUCAGAACCAAUAGCUGGUAGUGCCCGCUGGCUCGAUGCCCUCACGUUAGCCUCUGACCGUGCCCUGCACCUAGAGAAGCAGCCUGCUCACCCGCCUGGCCAGCCCCUGACUACUGCCGACGUGCAACAGGCCUUAACUGAAAACACACAAGUGCAUACAUGCACACACACGCACAUGUAACCAGGUGUGCACGCACACAGGUGAUGCCACAGGUAGAUCCCGUCCCUCUUGCUGGCUCUAAUACUCUAGACAGCAGCAGGUGGGCAGCUGACAGGGGUCCCUGGGUGGGUGGCUCUCCCCUCAUCAUCGGAUUCAAACUUGGCCCAGAACUGAAGAGAAGGACUUGGGAAUGUCGGCAAAAACACCGCCAGGAAUGGGGGUUAACAGGCUGCUUGAGACGGGAGAGGGUUCCCAGUUCGCCAUCAACCUAAAAGCUCUCUUCAGGUCUAGUGAGUCAAGCAGACCAGGACUGUGGCUGUGGGUUGGGCCGAGCCUGGCACUGACUCCCCCACAGGCCUCUGUCCAGGUGGGGCCCUUCAUCCCUCCAGCCGCCGUCCCACCCCGGCCCCUCCGCUGGCUCGGCAGCCUUCACAGCCACCAUGUCUAUUAAGGAAACAGUGUUCCCUGAGGUGCAGACGCACAGAAUGUUUUGUUAGCUUAUUUUAAUUUUUCAACUUGGCUGGCUGGUCCCACAACUGUGGGGGUUGUGGCCAGAAAAGCUCAAAUGUUUCAAGUUAGGCAGCUCGGGCCAGCUGGAAGGGGUCAGGAUCCUCCCAGAAAACCUGUGCGGAAGCGAAUUUACAGAUGCCCCCAUGCUUGAAAUUCACAUAACAUGAACCCAGGAGGCAGAGGGUGCAGUGAGCUGAGCUCCCGCCGCUGCACGCAGCCUGGGCAAUGGUAUGAGACUCCGUUGGGGUGGAAGGUAAGAAAAAACACUAGAGCCCUGGAUGGGUUACUGGGGGCAUACGUCUUAGCCAUGUUGAAGGGCCACCCGUCACUGGAGGGAGACAUCCACGUGGGCCCCUUUCGUCUGUGAAAACCUAGGGUCGGAACGGUGCAGUGCAGGGAUUCUUGGGCAUCAGCGUGUGUCUGCCUGGCCCCCCCCAACAGCCUCCGGAUGCUCAGAGGGGCUGUGUGUGGAUGACGCCCUGACCAUUGCCCUUGGCAGUCCAGGAAUACACCCGUGGGCUGGAGCCACCCCCUGUGCCCUGCAGAAGGCAAGGCAGAUACCACACGGUGCCCUCGCGCCUUGCUGUAGUGCCCACACGUCCCGCUCUGGUACUUAAAUGGAUGCAGAGAACUUUGAGGGUUGUGGCCAGAAAAGCUCAAAUGUUAAAGUUAGGCAGUUCGGGCCAGCUGGAAGGGGUCAGCAUCCUCCCAGCAAACCCGUGCAGUGAGGUACACUUCCCUCCCCCGUUCAACAGAUACUUGCCGAGCGCCCAUCGGGGAGCCCUUCCUGCUGUAGCUGGGACCACCUGCUAAACGACGAGUUUUGCCUAACAGACAUGUUCAGAGUCACAAAACAGACGCAGAAAACUUACUGUCCCACCCCCCAGAGUGACUGUGGAGCUGUCAUUGCCCUACCCACCCCCAUUUAUAAUCCAAGCCCCUGGCCACCAGCUGGUGCUAGAUCCGUGAUGGCUGAAUGAGCAGAUUUGGCUAUUAGUUACUUUGUACCUGGAACAACUACCUUCACCUCAAAGCCCUGAUGGAUUUGCCCUUGACAGACCGAAAUGCAGGGCUGCUGCAGGGCUCAACUCCAGACACUGUCCCACCAAUGGUAAUGGGCUCCCAGGAAUACCGUUUACAUGGGCUGCACUGACAAUGGUGACCCUUGGGUUUGUGGGAUGAGGUACCCUGUUGAAUGACACUAAAUCAGCCCCUCCAAAAAGUGCAGAAUCCCACAUUGGUCAGCACCAAUCCUGAGCACUGGAUCGAAAACUAUAGAUUACAUGGCCACCCUGGCCACAACCGGAACCACGCUGGGCGCCCGAGAAAGCCUCUUGGAAUUGCACGUCAGUUUCUCAUACCCGGUUUCUAUUUUUCGUCAUGCCCUAUUUUAAAGAUACUGACACACAUCACAAAUAACCAAGUGGUCAGCACCUGGGCAAGGUGCAGUCACGAGGUGGGGGCUCAUCACCUUAACAAGGCAGGAAACCUCCCAACAAAGGCCGGUGUGUCCUCUCCAGGGCCAGCCUGAAAAGGGCGCGCAGCGGCACGGGGAGGGGCGGCAACAUUUUCUCCCUUGUGCACCCCGACUUCAUGGGAGCAGGCAUGGGGUCUGAGAGCAGAUAACCGGGAAAACCAAAAACCAAUACUAUUCCUAAUAACACUACUAGAAUGUAACAGUGAUGUGUUUUUCACUGACCGCUGUUGCUCUGCUUUUGUCUUUAUAUACAGUAGUUUUUAUAACGAUGUCCUUAGGUUUUAAUAAAGGAGUGUCAUGUCAACUGUUCCCUA